AUGAGGUUAAAUCAGAACGUCUCGCUCCUGGGGAAGAAGGUGGUGCUGAUACCCUACACCGCAGAGCAUGUGCCCAGGUAUCACGAGUGGAUGAAAUCAGAGGAGCUGCAGCGUUUGACAGCCUCCGAGCCGCUGACCCUGGAGCAGGAGUACGCGAUGCAGCGCAGCUGGCGGGAAGAUGCGGACAAGUGCACCUUCAUCGUGCUGGAUGCAGCCAAGUGGCAGGCCCAGCCUGGCAGCACCGAAGAGAGCUGCAUGGCGGGAGACGUGAACCUCUUCCUCACAGAUCUCGGGGACCCCACUUUGGGAGAGAUUGAGGUCAUGAUCGCAGAGCCCAGCUGCAGGGGCAAGGGCUUCGGCACCGAGGCCGCGCUCAUGAUGAUGUCCUAUGGAGUGACCAAGCUAGGUCUGACCAAGUUUGAGGCUAAAAUUGGGCAAGGAAAUGAACCGAGCAUCCGGAUGUUCCAGAAGCUUCACUUUGAGCAGGUGGCUGUGAGCAGUGUCUUCCAGGAGGUGACACUCAGGCUGAUGAUGAGUGAGCCGGAGCGGCAGUGGCUUCUGGAGCAGACCAGCCACGUGGAAGAGCAGCCCUAUAGAGAGGGGUCCUAG